GGAGGGGCCUUCCCUGCGAGAAGUCAGAGCUGUGCCCGUGGGCAGACUGGCUCCGCUGUUCUGCUCCAAGGAUUACAUGUCCUUCAAACGCCCCUGCCCCUUAGCACGGUACAACCACACCAGCUACUUCUACCCCACGUUCUCAGAGAGCACAGAGCACAGCCACCUGCUCGUGUCCCCUGUGCUCGUGGCCAGUGCCGUCAUCGGUGUGGUCAUCAUCCUCUCCUGCAUCACCAUCAUCGUGGGCAGCAUCCGCAGGGACAGGCAGGCCCGGCUCCAGCGCCACCGCCACCGCCGCCACCGUCACCACCACCACCACCAUCACCGGCGACGGCACCGGCACCGAGAGUAUGAGCAUGGCUAUGCACCCGACGGGCACACGUACGGCCGCUCAAGCCACAGGGUGCGUUACGCCUGCAGCCCCGCCGAGGACUGGUCACCACCCUUGGACAUCAGCUCUGAUGGAGACAUGGACGCCACGGUGCUCAGGGAGCUGUACCCAGAUUCUCCACCAGGCUAUGAGGAGUGUGUCGGACCAGGGGCCACCCAGCUGUACGUGCCCACAGACGCCCCGCCGCCCUACGCGCUGACUGAUUCCUGCCCCACACUGGACGGCGCCCUCGCCACAGGCAGUGGCCACAGCCCCAGCAGACACCAGCAGGCACAGAGGACCUGGGGCCAGGGUGACCUGCACACUAUCUCCAUGGACACCCUGCCCCCCUACGAGGCUGUGUGUGGGUCCAGCCCCACACUGGACCUGCUGCUACUGCCGGGACCAGGACCAGGACCAGGGCCCGGGCCAAGGAGCUUGGAGGGCUCGCCCGCCCCAACCCGGGCCCCAGCCUCCGGGCCAGAGAGGAUUGUGUGAUGACCUAGCCGGCCAGGUCCUGUCGGUCCCUCCAGGCUGAGCCACCUCCUUCAGGCAUUUUGGGUGCGUGCACACACACACACAUGCACACACACGUGCACACACAUCCAUGUGACUUAUACACGCAUAGACAUGCACUCUGACAUACUCCACAAGCUCACAGGUCUAGACGUGCCCCACACAUGUGCAGACAGGGGCACACGGACAUGCCCACACGAAACCUGCCUGCGAGGGUUUCAUUAACAACGAAGCUCUCCCAGCCGACAUCUCCCCCGCCCCCGCCGGUUGCUUGUGCCUCUGAAGACAGUGCUGGAGAAGAGAGGAAGAGGGAACAGAGCUCUCUCCCCUCCUCUGGCCUGUUCGCCCCUGCCCCCAGCGGUAGGCUGUGCCCACAUUCUGACUCUGCCUCCAGAAACUGCUGGACUCCCCAGGACAGCUGCCUGCCUGACCCCUCGCCUAGGGCCAGCUUGUCUUCCCU